GCCAAUGAGGCGGCGGGGCGGGGCGCGGCGCUGCUCUCGCGAGAUCGGCGCGGAGCGGCCCGACGGAACCAUGUUGCGGGCGGCGGCGGCGCAGCGGCUGCGGCGGGCGGCCUCGGUGCUGCAGAGGUUUCAGAGCACACUGGUCGUAGCCGAGCACAACAACGAGUCUCUCACGCCCAUUACGCUCAACUCCAUCGCCGCAGCAAAGAAACUGGGAGGGGAAGUUUCUUGUUUAGUAGCUGGUACCAGCUGUGACAAGGUAGCACAAGAAGUCAGCAAAGUGCAGGGUGUUGCAAAAGUUCUCGUGGCUCAGCACGAUGUGUACAAGGGAUUUCUGGCAGAGGAGCUGACUCCCUUGAUUGUGGAAACUCAUAAAAAAUUUAAGUACACCCACAUUUGUGCUGGAGCAUCUGCCUUUGGGAAGAAUCUCAUUCCCAGAGUGGCUGGUAAACUUGGUGUUGCCCCUGUUUCUGACAUUAUUGAAAUUAAGUCCCCAGACACUUUUGUGAGAACUAUCUAUGCAGGAAAUAUUCUUUGCACUGUGCAGUGUGAUGAAGCAGUUAAAGUGUUCACUGUACGAGGAACUUCGUUUGAGGCUGCACCAGCAAGUGGUGGCAGUGCCAGUGUAGAAAAGUUGACCCCUCCACCCCCCGUUGGUCUCUCUGAAUGGAUUGAGCAGAAGUUGACAAAAAGCGAUCGGCCGGAGCUCACCAGUGCAAAAGUGGUGGUGUCAGGGGGGAGGGGGAUGAAGAGUGGUGAAAAUUUCAAGUUGUUAUAUGACCUUGCGGAUCAACUGCAUGCUGCAGUUGGAGCUUCCCGUGCAGCUGUUGACGCUGGCUUUGUUCCUAAUGACUUGCAAGUCGGACAGACGGGCAAAAUAGUAGCACCAGAACUUUAUAUUGCCGUGGGAAUAUCUGGAGCAAUCCAACACUUGGCUGGAAUGAAAGACAGCAAGACCAUUGUUGCUAUUAACAAGGAUCCAGAAGCUCCAAUUUUCCAAGUGGCAGAUUAUGGACUGGUGGCAGACUUAUUUCAGGCGGUGCCAGAGAUGACGGAGCUCCUGAAGAAGAAGUGAUGACUGCUGGUGAUGGACCCUGUACUGUGGAGUAAGGACAAAUAAAGGAUUGUACUGGAAA